AUGGGGGACUUCAACGAAAUUCUGGACCCCAGUGAGAGAGGAAGUCUUCAGUUUUCCAGUAAUGGUAUUCUUGAUUUUAAAGUGUUUAUGCAGGAAUUGCAGGUACUCGAAAUUGCAGCAUCAAAUGGGAAAUUCACAUGGCACCGUGGCCCCUCCAAAAGCAAGUUGGAUAGACUCUUAAUCUCGCCUGAAUGGCUUACACAAUUCCCGGCUUUAAAAGUCUCCCUUCUCAAGAGAAUGGUUUCUGAUCAUUGUCCCUUAUUGGCGGUUUCUAAGGACAAAAAUUGGGGACCUAAGCCUUUUAGGUUCCUCAAUUGUUGGUUCUCAAAUCCUCAAUGCGCAAAAAUAAUUCAAGACUCGUGGAAUGGAUCCAAAGAAGCCUCGGUAAUGGAAAAAAUGCAAAAUGUCAAAAAAAGGCUGAUAGCAUGGAACAAAGUGGAGUUUGGCAAAAUUCAUGAAAAGAUUGAAGAGCUAGAAGACAAUAUCCAAGAGCUGGACCGCAAAGCAGAUGAGAAAUCCUUAGAAGAGAUUGAAAUAUCUUCAAGAAAGCAGUUGCAAAUGGAAUUGUGGCAGUGGUUAAAGACUCGAGAAUCAUAUUGGGCCCAAAACUCUUGA